AUGCCGCGUGCUUUGCUCCUUGGCACUGGUCUUCCCGAUGCGGGGGGGCGAAUCGCAUUCAUGUUCCUGACGCGUGGACCGCUGCCCUUGGCUCCUCUGUGGGAGAAGUUUUUUCAUGGUCACGAGGGUCGCUACGCCGUGUACGUGCACGCCUCGCAGCCCAACUUCACAUUCCCUUCCAACUUCUCGCCAGUCUUUGUUGACCGGCAAAUACCAGGCGGCAAGGUGGAGUGGGGUCGAAUGUCCGUCGUGGCUGCCGAGCGACGCCUGUUGGCCUACGCCGUCACGGACAAGCGAAACGAGUACUUCGUCCUCGUCUCGGAAUCGUGCAUUCCGCUGUGGUCGUUCGACUACAUCCACGAUUACAUCUCCAGCACACACAUCAGCUUCGUUGAGGCGCACACGGACCCAUUCGACGAGGCGUUUGGGCGGUACCUGCCGGACAUCCACAUGCCGGCCAUCCGGCGCAAGGACUUCCUCAAGGGCAGCCAGUGGUUCGUCAUGCAACGCAGGCACGCCGAGCUCGUCGUGCAGGACACGGAGCACUACCUCGUGCACUCCAAGUCCUGUCAGUGGAGGGCGCAGCACUCCAAGUACUGCUGCUCCGACGAGCACUACCUUCAAAUCCUCCUCGCUCUGAAGGACCCAGCGGGAAUAUCGCGCUUCCCCGUGACCCUGGCGGACUGGAGCCAGUGGCGGUUCCACCCCGAGACAUACUACUCGUACAACAUGACUGAAUCGCUCUUCAAGACCAUCAAGUCCACAAAGCACUACCUCCAGUACCGCUACUACUGGAAGAAGUUCAGAAAUAGAUAUUCCUAUAUUGAAAACCCUAAGAAACCUCAACCUGCUCCAACGGUUGAGAAUGGAUUCUGUGUCGUAGAGGGCACUGUAGCGUUUCUCUUCCUGACACGUGGACCACUCCCAUUCGCUCCGCUGUGGGAGAGAUUCUUCGCAGGGCACGAGGGCCGGUACUCCGUCUACGUGCAUGCAUCCAACGCCUCUUUCGCCUUCCCUGCUGACUCGCCGGCCAUUUUCAGAAACAGUCUGAUCCCGGGGGGUGAGGUGCGAUGGGGGGGAAUCAGCAUGGUGGACGCGGAGCGGCGGCUGCUGGCAGCGGCACUGGAGGACCCCGACAACCAGCACUUCGCGCUGCUCUCCGAAAGUUGCAUUCCGUUGUGGCCGUUUGACUUCGUUCAUCGAUACGUCGCCUCCACCUCCGUCAGCUUCGUCGAUGCCUACCUCGACCCGUACAACGCGACCUUCCGGCGCUACAUUCCGCACAUCUUCAAGCCGCUGGUGGGGCCGGGGGACUACCGCAAGGGCAACCAGUGGUUCGUGCUGCAGCGCCGCCACGCGGAGGUGGUAGUGCGGGACACUGAGCACUACGUCGUGCACAACAGGAGCUGUGCGGUGAGGCUGGGUGCGAGGGAGUGA